AUGACGUUCCGAGGGGACGACGGGAGCAGAGAUCGUGUGGACGAUGAGGAACGAGGUCGACGUCGACACCGCGGCCAAGGUCCCACUCGACGCCAGGGUUCCCUUCCUCGAACGCCCGCUUCCGGCACGAUCAAGGACGACCGCCUCUGUUACGAGGCUGAUCUCCUCGACGUCUGUAAGGUAGUGUACGUAGCCAGAAACCCCAAGGACGUAUGUGUGUCUUAUUAUCACCAGCAAAGGCUCGUCAAAGUUGCAGAGUAUGUGGGAGAUUUUCCUGAGUAUGUUGACUUCUGGACUCAAGAUCUCCUCCUCCAGGCCCCCUACUGGCCGCACCUGGCAGAGGGCUGGGCGAGGCGAAACCACCCCAACGUCCUGUUCCUCUUCUACGAGGACAUGAAGGAGGACAUCCUGCGUGAGCUCGGGCGUCUCAACACCUUCCUGGGGACGGCGCUGACGGAGAGCCAGCUGCAGACGGUCGCUCACCACACCUCCUUCUCCGGCAUGAAGAGCAGGGGCACCACCAACCCCACCGCCGCCCUGCAGGAGUCCGGCGAAUUCAAGAAGGGCGAGGCGGAAUUCAUCAGGAAAGGAACUACGGGUGACUGGACCAACUUCUUCACGCCGGAACUGGAGGAGAAGUUCGAGGAAUGGAUGGAAAAGUGGCGACCCACCUCCGCGGAGAUCCCCUUCAGGUACCAAAUCAAGGUUCCCGAGUGAUACCAGGGUGCCGGGUGCCAGCAAGAUUCCCGAGUGAUAUAUACCAGGGUGCCAGUUACCAGCGAGAUUCCCGAGUGAUAGAUACCAGGGUGCCAAUCACCAAUCUGUUAACAAGUCUAUGUAUAGCUGAGAUAUUGAACAAAUCCCAUAUUACUAAUACAAUCAAUUUUUAAUAAAAUUGUUAGUUAUU